UGUCGAUUACACCGGCCAGGGAAGAGCAGGAGAGACGGGGGCGCGCUUGCUGUGGAUUACACCGGCCAGGGAAGAGCAGGAGACAAACUGACAAACUGACAAGUGAAGAGCCAGGUUCACACGGUGCUCCGUCGGUACUUCCCCAGGAAACUUUACCGGAUUUUAACCUCACUCUGGAGCCUUGGACUGAGUUUCUUUUUCCGCCACGGAGUGUCCCGCCCCAGUAGAGAAGCUCUGCUCAGGAAGCCAUGCUAAUAAAAGUCUCCCUCUCGCGGUGAGCUGCCUGGUGGACAGUCGGCGGCGUCAUGGCAGAGCUACCUAUUGCCCCGGGCGAGGUCUACAUCGAGGUGGAGUACGACUAUGAAUACAAGUCCAAGGACCGCCUCAUCACCAUCCAGCAGGGGGAAUGCUACAUGCUGGUUAAGAAAACCAACGAGGACUGGUGGCAGGUGAAGGAGGAAGGGUCUAAACCUUUCUACGUGCCUGCUCAGUAUGUCCGCGAGGUGCGUAAAGCUCUCAUGCCGCCUCCGAAAACCCAUCUACAACCUGUUGCUGCCUCCGGCAAUCCAACUCCACAAAGUGGGGGUGUGCUGUGGGUGAAGCCGACCAGUCUGGAGCUGGGACUCCACGACCGGCCCGCGGACAGCCUCAACAGACACGAGUCCAACUACCGGCGCUCCCCCUCCGCACAUACCGCCUCUUCUGGGAACUUCAGCCCACCCACCCAGCGCAGGAACAGUAACCACCAUCACGGCCCCCCCACCACUCUAACCGACCACGACCGAGCUCUGGCAGACGUCCUUCACCACGGUGGAGCCCACCUCCCCGUUCAAAGAGAAAAGUCCAGCACUCUGCCCCGGACCCGAGCUCGAUCCCCGGACAUGGAGCGAGCCCCGCUGGACGUGGACAGCAGGACUGACUCUGCCGGGGAGGAGAGACGCACCAACGACUCGGAGUCAGGAGACGACCUCAGCAGCAGCUCCACUGAACACCUCCAGACGGUUUCCUCGUCAGGCCACGGCUGCUCCGAGUCUCCAAUCUACACCAACCUGCAGGAGCUGAAGAUCACCCAGAGCAGCCUCCCCCCCGCCCCCUCCAGCUCCCCCCUCCACGUGCUGGGCGACUGGGAGACCUACAGGGACCAGAACGGCCGCCACUACUACUACAACCGCUCCACCCAGGAGAGGACCUGGAAGCCCCCCCGGGCCAGGGAGCCGAGCACCGGGAGCUCCAGAGGAGAGAGCCAGAGCGCCGGAGAGAGCUCUGAGACCACUCCCCUCUCGCUCUCGCCAUCUUUCCUUCCCUUCCUCUCGCUCUCCAUCGGUCGGCUGCAGCCUCUGUCGUCGGAAGACUUCAGUACCUACUCUAGCCAAUCAGACAGUCAAUAUGGCUCACCGCCGCGUGGUUGGUCAGAGGAGAUGGAUGAGCACGGCCACACGCUGUACAUCAGCGACCAUACCAACGAGAAGUGGUUAAAACACGUUGAUGAGCAGGGCAGGCCGUAUUACUACAGCGCGGACGGAUCAAGGUCAGAAUGGGAGCUGCCGAAGUACAAGCACUCCCUUCCCCCACCUGGAGACGCUCCGAAGAGUCGGAGUCUGGACCGGAGAAGCGUUGAGCCCAUCGUCCUCACCAAGUGGAGACACAGCGCCUACGUCCAAGACCCCAACGACAAGGAUGCUCUUCUGAACCCAAAGCCCUCCUCUCCCGAAUCUGACUCCUGCCCUUCGUCUCCCAAGCCCCCUGCCUCUCCCUCUGAAAAGUGCGGCCUUCUGAAUGUGACAAAGAUCACCGAGCACGGCAAGAAAGUACGGAAGAACUGGACCUCCUCUUGGACGGUGCUGCAAGGAUCCUCGCUGCUGUUCACCAAAAACCAAGCAGGCGGGACCAGCUGGUUCGGAGGCGGUCAGUCUAAGCCAGAGUUCACUGUGGACCUAAGGGGCGGCUCGGUGGAGUGGGCCUCUAAGGACAAAUCCAGCAAGAAGCACGUUAUGGAGGUGAAGACUCGGCAGGGCACCGAGCUUCUGAUCCAGUCAGAUAACGACGGGCUCGUCAACGAAUGGUACCAAGCGCUGCAGGACACCAUCAGCACCCAUGCUUGGGAGUCUGAUGAGGCCAUUGAAGAAGACAUGCCCGAGUCGCCUGGUGCGGAGAAACACGACAAGGACAGAGAACAGAGAGACUCAAAGAAAGGCAGAGCCAUGAAGACGUCCCCCAGCUUGGACGCCUCGGACAACAAGAAGACGAGACACAAGCUGAAGAAGUUCCUGACCCGCCGGCCCACUCUGCAGGCCGUCAGAGACAAGGGAUACAUAGAAGAUCAGGUGUUCGGCUGCACUCUGUCCAGUCUGUGUCAGAGAGAGAACGCCACUGUGCCAAUCUUUGUCAAGAUGUGCAUCGACCACGUGGAGAACAAUGGUCUGUGUGUAGACGGGUUGUAUAGAGUCAGUGGGAACCUGGCUAUCAUACAGAAACUACGCUUUGCAAUCAAUCAUGAUGAGAAGGUGAACCUGUCAGACAGCAAGUGGGAGGACUUCCAUGUGAUCACUGGAGCUUUAAAGAUGUACUUCAGAGAGCUGCCGGAGCCUCUCUUCACCUACGCUUUCUUCCACGACUUCGUCAGCGCAAUCAAGUCUCCAGACUACAAGCAGCGAGUUCAGUCCAUCAAAGAUCUGGUCAGACAGCUGCCCGUCUGCAACCACGACACCAUGCAGACUCUCUUCAAACACCUCAGGAAGGUGAUCGACCACGGUGAGGAGAACCGGAUGACCACUCAGAGCGUCGCCAUCGUGUUCGGCCCCACGCUGCUGCGCCCGGAAAAGGAGACGUGGAACAUCGCGGUCCACAUGGUGUACCAGAACCAGAUAGUGGAGCUCAUACUGCUGGAGUACGAGAACAUUUUCGGCAGGUAGAGAGAGACGCUGGAGGAUGAGCCUCUUGUUUUCCUCUCUUAUUCUCCCAUCAGCAGAGCUCUUCCUAACCCAGCGUGGCCCUGCCAAACACAGCCUAGCUUGGAUCGGUUCGGUCCGGGCUCAAGCAGCUUCUCUUCAUCUCAAAUUGUCAUCACUGGCUUUCUCCUCUUGUACAACCUCCGGACCAAAGCCAUGCAAAUGUGUCAUAAACCUAAAUAUAGAUGUAUCUAACUAGCGACCAAAAAAAAGGUAUAGUCUUUUCAGUAUCUCAUUUUCUCCUGCAGCUGCGUUUGUGCCACUUUACUGCAAUAGAUGACGUCCAAAUGUCCCGACACUGGAUUCCUAAUACAGGGCCAAAAAACGCCUCUUCUACUGCACAGAGACCAAAGCAAAGAAUAAGUUGGUUCGAAGUUAGGAGGCGUCAGUAUUGGAGGUUGAAGACUGUACUGUAUUGUGUAACUUGUCAUCACUCCUUUAAGAACCACAUUGGGGGAAAAAAGAGAAGAAACCAAACUGCUGUGCUUGGCUUUAGACGUUUAGACACUAAGAGAAGAAACGUGGAGAAAAAGGGAUGAUAUGGAACGCUUUUAUUUAGGAAUUAUAUGAACAUUUACUGCCAUUUCCAUACAGUUCUCCCUGUGUCUUUCCUUUUAUUUUAAUGCUUCACCGUCAAAAUGACCAUCAAAUUACUCUCCACAUGUUUUCUUGAUUUCUUUAAGAAAAUUAGCUUUUUUUUUCAUCGCUCUUUAGAAAGAAGAAUUCUUAAAACGUUUGAUGAAUUGAAGUAAACUGAGAUGUAUUUUAAACCCUUUAUUUACAAACCCUCACACAUUUUGUGCAGUAAAGCUCAAUUAUCCUGUCCAAAUUGCAUGCAUUUUUAAUAAAACGUACAAUAUAAAACACAUCAAAGUUUCACUUUUGAGCAUUACAUUGUCCAUCCGUGAGACUGGUUAUGUGGAAGUGUUUUAAAUAGUAAGCUUAUGACGAAGAAUUCAAGAUAUCAUGGUGUGAAUAAUUGUCUUUUUUUUCUUGUGGGAAAAUGGUCAUUCCUUUAAAUAUUCCGUUCCCCUUCUGCCUUUUUUCUCUUCCUGUAAUACUGGACCUGGGUCCUCUGAACACAUGAGAGGUUUUCACUCUGUAAUAUCUGCACGCCACCUUCUCCAUUUGGCUUUAUGAACAAAUCAUGUUGCAGCAGCCACAACUUGAAAAACAAAGAAAUGGUACUCAGCUGUGUCUUUCCUUGACUCAUGGAUAUUAAAUGUUAAGGCAAACAGUCUUUGAAACAUGAUUCCAUUGAUAAAUCUGUACAGUGUUUAUGUGUGUGCAUGUGGAUCAAGGUGUGGGGUGGAUGGAUGAAUGGACGCAAUGACAAUAUAUUGUACAAAUAGUGAAAAUAAAUAUGUAUGCCUGGAAUGUUAAAGAAUAUUAUAAGAGGGAGAAAUCACUAUUUUUGUGAUUGUUUUGUGACCAGAGGAAUAAAGUUAUGAACUGGGAUGUGGAGGUUUACCUGUGGUUCAGGUAAAUGAAAGAUUGUUUGAAUGUAACUCUGGAGGGUAACUGUUGGCUUUACCAAACUGGAAUAAAGACCUCUGAUAAGAGAUAUUUCCAAAGGA